AUGUUUAUCACCAUACAACUACUUAAACUUGGCGGAGGCUCUCAUGCACUUGCAGCGGCCAGGCUCCCGGUGUCCAAUCAGGCGAGCAGUACGGGUGUACCGAGGCGUCCACUCAGGGGCGAGACAGCGAUUGAGGAGACACAGGCACCUCCAACUUUGCGGACGUAA